GUCAACACAGUUGUCAUACUGGUUUUUUCGAACCGAAAAAAAUUGUGUGUUACCUAUUCAUCAUUCAGAGGAGAUAAUUUGUAGUACGUAAGCCUUUUCACUUUUGCAAAGUAAAAGCAGUGUUGUAGGCGAGGUAUCUUAGGUGCAUAAACUUUUCAAUACCACUUGGAUCCAUCGGUAUCGCAAUCCGUAAGGUAGCCAUCAACCAGCCAUCGGGUUUCGCACAGCAGGCAAAAGGUGGAUCGGCCGACGGAGGUACCUGCCCUCAUUCGAAGAUUAAGGAGAAAUUUACGUAGUUUAAAUUAUUCCGGAUUGUUCGCAUCAAAACUGGCAAGGGAGGCUUGCGGCUAGUGUCCUGCGUAUUCCAGGGUGUACAGUGUUUAAAUUGUGAUUAGCAGCUGCAGAGUUUUGAAAAGUGAAAAUUAUACAUAAGUGUAGAUCAAACAGGAACGAGAGAUAAGGUGAACGGCAGAUCGGGGAAAAUGUCAGAAAAGCCAGUGCAUAAGUUGUCGGAAUCGGAUGACUUUACCGAUAAUUCUGCUGAUAACACCAAUGAUGCAGCCCGGGAGGACACAUCGCAGCAGAGCGGGUUGGCCACGGUAGAGUCGGAAUAUGACACCGCGUCAGAUUCGCCAUCGGACGGGGAAGAGUACGAUGAUCAGGAAGAUGAGAGCGAUAGUGGUGAGGAAGAAGAGCUAGCGGGAAGUGAUGCAGAAGACGGUGAUGAAGAGGAAGAGGGGGAUGAGGGUUCUGAUGAUGAUGUGAUUGAAGUGUUGGACUAUGAGCGCCAGAGUGGCGAUGGUCAGGAACAGGAAGCGGAUAGCAAACGAAAGGUAGAUGACGAUGAAGACCGCAGUAAUCCGCAGUACAUACCGAAGAAGGGAACAUUCUACGAGCAUGACGAUCGUACGGUGGAAGACGAGGAUGAUGAUAAAGACGCGGAUGAUGAAAAUACUAAAAACGAUGACGCUCCGGGAGUGAAUGGUGACAGAAAGGGGGUCGAUAAAAAUGCUGCGUCGAAGACGAUGAAAAAGUGGCAAGCUUCAACAGAUCGGUGGACGCAUGAUCGGUUCGAUGAGUGUGAGCAAGCCCCAAAGUCCAGGGCAGAACUAGUUUCUGCUUACGGCUAUGAUAUUCGUAGCGAAGAUGGUCCACCACGUGCUCGAAGGCGAAGACGUUAUGCUCGAGGUCCCAAUAAGUACACAAGAAACUGGGAGGAUGAGGACGCCUAUUCCAAAUCGAACAGUAACCCGGAACAUAACCGACUGCGAAAGGUUCCACGACCGGAAGACUUUCCAGAGCUGGGGACGAACAAUGGUAAAAUCCGAAGUGGUCAAAACGCGCGUCGUCUUAGUAAACAGGGUCGAGCUGCCUCGAUCAAUGAUAGGUUGGAUGAUCGUAGUGGUGGACGACAACGCCCUGAACGCAGAAUCAGCGAACGGAAUCGAACUAGCAAUAGCAGCCGAAAUAUAGCUGAUCGAGAUCGUGGUAUAGACAGAGAUCGAUAUGACCAGCGUCUAGAUAGAGUUGACCGGAUGGACAGGGAACGUGAUCGAGAUCGUAAUUGGGAUCGCGAUCGGGAUUAUGACCAGCAAGAUGGUAACUACCGAGAUGCUCGAACCGACGGAAGUCGGUACAGUUCUGACAGAGUUAGCAACAGCUACAACAAUAAGGAAAACAAAAUAAACAUUCGCACUAGUAAGGAGAAGGAUCGACGGGGUCCGGAUUAUAAGGUCAUUACUUCACUUCAAUUUAAAAAUCAGAGCAGAAAUAAAAAUGCGGAUCCUGGAAUGGCGAUUGCUGGUGCAGGUGGAGGUGGUGGUGGUGCUAAUCAGGUUGCUCAUAGCAACAGUCUAGGAGCACUUUCAGGCAGCAGUAAUAGCAACAAAAUGAAUAAUGCCAUGGAGCGCGUCCAAACUGUUUCCGAUCGUAUGCUGGACCAAAGAGCAUUGCAUCACAAUUACCAAAAUCAACCACCUCAGUUGAUUCCACAGCAGCAAAUGCCACCACCACAACUACAGCAAAUUCAGCAACCUCAGUCGCAGCCACCACCGCAACAAAUACCACAUCAUCAACAGACAUCUUAUGUCAGUGAUGAUCAUUAUGAUUCCUAUAGUGAUUCGAAAAUGCCGAAAGAUGCAAAGUUUCCAUAUAAUCCGCCGGCCAAUGCCACUAUACAAUCGGUAGAAAUUGGUCAAACAGACAUUGCGAAAUACCCCCCUCCUGCUGCUCAGAGAACCAAUAAAGAACGACAGCAAGUGCUUCCUACAACGGCUGGUGUAUCAUUGAGCACCCGAUCCCAAAUUUCACCUCGACAAAUAGUUUCCACCCAGGCUAGUCAGUUAACAACGAUUUCAACGACCCAGCAGCAGCAACUGGCACAUCAACAACAGCAAAUGCAGCAACAAACUCAGCAACAACAGUAUCAACAACUUCAACAGCAGCAGGCACAAUAUCAGCAACAAUUGCAUACGUUGACCAAUCAACCUGCAGCACCGACGGUAUCGCAAUCUCCACAGACUCAAGUUCCCCCUCCACAACUACCGCAACAGCAGGCGCCUUCCCAAUUACCGCAACCCGUAACGGCUCAAAUGCAUAACGUACAUCUUGGUGGCGCAUUAGCAAGUGCAACCGUCAGUCAACAGCAGUUAAUGGCCGGUGAUAGCAGUUCUCGAUCAGCGAAACGAUAUUCAAGUCUCCGUCAGCGGUCCGCACUGGAUAACCCAAAUGUUGUGGUAGUGCAGUCCCCCAUGCACGAACAGCAGCAACAACAGCUACUACAACAACAGCAACAGCAGCAGCUCCUUCUCCAGCAAGAAUUGCAACAUCAACAGCAGCAGAAGCUAAGUGCGCAAGCACCUAAACAGAGUUAUCAACUAAAUCAAACGCCGCAGCAACCAACGUUACCCCUGACUCUACAAAAUGAAUACUUGGUUCAAACGGCAAGUCAAUCGAAUGCCUCAAACAAACCGCAAUCUGUGAGCCAAGCUCCCGUUCAAUACCAACAUUCAGCAGGGUACUACACAGCAACUACUCCAACCGCGAAUGAAUUUGUUACUGGCAGCCCAUCUCAACAAGUCCAACAGCAACCA